AUGGGCGACAUCCCGCGGGUGGUCCUUCGUUCAAUACCGAGAGAUGCCCGGAUACUUUUGACGGAAAAGGGUGCCUGCAGACGGCUACCGAAUAGCUUGCAGUGGCCUGUGCAGCAGCGAAGGCAUGCCCAUAACCUCAGCCAACGCUUCAAGGCAUUGGAGACGAAAAUAAGGCCUGCAGAAAUGCGGGAUAGAAUUGCUUCAGGAGAGGUUUAUGGACAGGUCGGGUUGGAUGGAAGUCUUACGUCGAAAGCGCAGCCACCAGCUAUCGAGCUAGAGGACAGUGAACAAGCAGAAAGGGGUCCCGAGAUGGAACUAUUUAAUAAAGGCGGGAGCAAAUCAAUUCUGCGGCCGAAACCGAGGUUAUUCAAGGGCGUUUUGAUUCCCAUCAAGCCUCCUCCACCAGCAUCUGAUGAAUGCUGCAUGUCCUCCUGUGCCGUGUGCGUCUACGACUUGUACGCCACUGCGUUGGAAGACUACCAGGAAUCCAUGGAAAGAGCGCGCAACGAACUAUCUGCAAAGGGUGUCCCUCAAUCAGACUGGCCCACAGACGUCUUGACAGACGCUGACCGCGAACGCCGCUUACAAGAGGAACGGGAGCGGCAAAAGUCCGAGGGAGGACUCGACGCUGGGAGACGUAUGGGAGUGACGGGUGAGUCGGAGCACGACAAACAGAUGGCAGUCAUUAUCGGCGCGUUUGUCAAAUUCGAGCAAUCCCUCCGAGAGAAGAGACGAGCAGAAAAGGAUCAAGGCCAGACAAACGGGUAG